ACAAUUUUUUUCCGAUUUUAUAAUUUUCAUUCGUACUGUCAAUUAAAAUAAUGUAGAGUUGUAAAAAAAAUCCAUUUGUAAGAAUCGAUCUUAAUUGAUAUACUGCACAAUUACUAACAAAUAAGGGGAAAAUAAAAAUGGAUUAAUUGAUUAUUGAAUCGAAUAUUGCUUGAUAUGAAAAAUUAUAAAAAUUCAUAAUAAAAAAAGUCAAGGAGAUUAUUUGAAUUAGCCUUAAUGCUAUGGAAUUCAGUUUACCAGCGUGCAACUGCUGAAGAAAAUGAAAAAUAAUGCAAAAUUUACUGCAGCACGAAGCAAUGUUGCAAGAGCUGAGUACCAAUGAGAGGCAGCCAACUAAGUUAGUAAUAAAUUGUCCUUAUUGAAUCUGGUGUGACAGUCGAAUAAAGCGAUUUCAAGGGAAAAAUGUUAUAAAAUGCGAAACAUGGCUUCAAGUAACGGAGACAGUGACAGCGGCAAUUACCCAAAAUCACCCAAGAGUCCUCGGCAACUACCACCAUUGCCGCUUCUCUCAAACCAGAGAAGUUCAAAGUCAUCGGAGCGUAGCGCGAGUAGUUCCGUAUCUGGUGGCUCUGUAAUUGCUGAAACGACGAAAUCACCAAGUACACCACGAGUCUUUGAGUUUCCGCCUGAAUUUUCACACCACUUCGAUGCCGAGACACCUAAUACCAACUUCGACUUUGAAGACUUUGUCGAAGCUGAAAAAAAUAGGAGUUCACAGAAUGAGUUCUCAACAGACUCAAGUACGCUGGUUAUCUCCUCGGGCGUUUCAAAAUCGACUCUAUCGUCAAGCUCCGAACAAUCGAUGAUAUUUGAAUUCUGCAAGCCUCGCAGAAAUAUUAUAAAAACCAUGAGUUAUCCACCAAAGUCGCCAACUUCGCCGAGCAUCAAUGUGCCCGUGCAGCAUCAGUCGAGCUCAAUUAAGCGGCGAGGUCACAAUACAGACUCGAUUAAUCAGGUUCGACGCAACUCCUGUUUGGAUCUCGGACCGAUGACACCUAACUUGAAAAAACGUUUUGGCUUAAUGGCAAUCAGCAAUUCUGCUGGUCUUUUCGAUUCUGGUCAAGACGAAGGAAAUGACCCACAGAGUUCUGUGGCUUCGAGCCUUACAACGACAUUCAAUGCGCAGCAGCAGCAACCGUCUAGGACGACAAAUUGGCAUCAUGAAAGUCUAAAAAUGCGCUCGCAGAAACAGAGGCAGCCGCUUCAAAAACGAUUAAUACAUUUAAACAAGAGCCAAGGCUGUAUCAAUGAGGCCGUCGACAGCGCAGAAAGUCUUAGUUCCAGAACCCGAGAAAGCCGCGUUGCGAGGAAGUCUACUGGCGAUCUCACAGAACUUAAUAAUACAGACACAGAAACAACUGUAUUAUCCACCCCGAAACGAAGAGGUUCGAUGAAGGGUGGACUUGCUUACCUUGCAUCUCGUCGUGGUUCCCGCGACAGUCAAGUUUCUAAUGUAUCCAAUUUCAGUAACGAGGAUAUUGGUCCACUCAAUUUCAGUGUGCACCCAAGAGGUCGACAAAGGAGGACUUCAAAUUUUCUCGAAUUACCAGUUCCAGAUCAUAUAAGACCCAGAGUUCACAGUUUGCCAGAGAAAGCAUACAACCCACGCGCUGGCGAUGACUUGUACAGAUUGAGAGCGUUUAGUAUAACUCACAAAGGAGUUAUAAAUCGGGGUGACUCAAUUAUUUCUCGUCGCAGCAAGAGCAAUACCUCUGUCAAUAGUAGCAGGAACAGUAACAUAUCAGGUGAGCGGUCUCCUUUUGAAGGCAGCUGCUGUAGCGGCCAAGGAGUCGAGGUUGAUAGUACGGAUAGCGAUGUCGAGGAAGUCACAAAACAUAGAGUUGUACUAUUAGGUGAUUCUGGUGUAGGUAAAACAGCACUUGUUUCGCAAUUCAUGACAAGCGAAUAUAUGAAUACUUAUGAUGCUAGUUUAGAUGACGAAUUUGGCGAAAAAACGGUUUCUAUUUUAUUGGACGGCGAAGAAUCAGAAAUGGUCUUUAUUGAUCAUCCUCACAUAGAAAUGAGUCUAGAAAACUCUUUAUCGACGUACGAGCCACACGCUUGUAUUGUGGUUUAUUCGAUUGUAUCCCGUCCAAGCUUUCAAGUAGCUGAAGAAAUGUUAAAUUACCUUUGGCGAGAGCAUUAUACUCAAGAACAAACUGUCAUUGUGGUUGGCAAUAAAUCAGACUUAGCUAGAAGUCGUACUAUCUCUACGAAUGAAGGUAAGCAAUUGGCAGCAUCUCGUGAAUGCAAGUUUAUCGAAACAUCAAGUGGUAUUCAACAUAACGUCGAUGAGCUUCUUGUUGGAGUUCUUAAGCAAAUACGACUUCGCGAAUCAAGAGAUCGGAAACUUCGUCGACAAGGUAGCAAGAAUAAGAUCACGUCUAAGCUACAAGGAAGUAAAACAGCUCUCAGUCUGAAUCUGGCUCGAGAAUUACUUAAUAAGAUGUGUAUGAAGGAUAGUAAAAGCAAAAGUUGUGAGAAUUUGCAUGUCUUAUAAAAUUAAUAAAUUACUUUCAUUUAAAAGUAUUCUAUUAGUUUAUAAUAAAUCUAAAACUGCCUUUCAAUACGCUUAAACAAUUACUUCAAAAACUUGAUCAAUCCAUGUAUAUCUCUAAGUUUAUAAUUUUUCAAACAAGCAAAAUAACGUACUAAAUCAAAAUAAAAUAAAAUUAUUAGAAUAUAAAAGUAUGCUCAGAUAGAUGAAAUUUCUCUAAAUACAUCAUUCAUAAUAAAAGGAACUUUUAUACUACUAAAAAAUUGAUGCUUGUGAUGUUUCAUGAUUAUGAAAUACAGUUAAAAAACUGCAUACUUUUGGAAUUAAUAAAUGUCGAUUCAACUUAUUCAAGUGUACAUUUUGUAAGUAUAAUUAAUUUUUGAAGAAUUGUAGAUAAAAUCGCCGAUUUUUUAUUUAUAAUCAUAAAUUCAAUCGAGAGUUUUAAUUUUGCUAUCUCUCGCAAGUAAUGCAAUUAUUUUGUGUUAUUAGAAUGCACGCCAAAAACUUAAUAAAUACCUUUGCUCAAUA